CAACAUUAGAAGUUAUACUUAGAGUAUGUUUAUAAAUAUCUUUUCAUUGUGGUUAGUGAAAUAACAUAUUCACAAUGAGUUGUUAAAGCCUAGAUAGCACGACGCAGUUUAAAUCCAAAUGUUUCAUCGGUUUCUGAACAGGGUAGAUUUAAAUAUCAAUUUAUUUUUUGUAUCAGUUUGCUAUGACCACUACUAAUCUAGUUUCCUUCCCAGAUCCCUCAGGAAGAAAUAUCAUUCCAUAAUGUAAGGAACUGGGAAGUGAAGACCGCCAUCACACCUCUAACAAACUUAAAUGCAAUCAAAUCUUGCAUUCUCUGAAGAAACCAAAAUUGUUUUAUCUACGAUCAAUGCACCAUCAUCGUUAGUUAUUGACGAAGAUCAAUCAGUAGAGAAUUGCAAUGAUGCAUUUGAACUUCUUUUACCUGCUGUUUUAAAUAAAGAAAAUUUGAAUGUUUUGGAAGCUCAUCUGGGACUAGGUGGUGGAGGCGACUGGUGGAUAGACCCAUCACGUAGUCCAAUUGAAGUAGACUCAAAUGGAAACAGAGAUGAAGGUGCUAUUUUAGAUGUUGAAGCCAGUUGCAAAAUUUGGUAUCGUACGCCAUUUGAUCGAGAUCCAGAAUUCUGUAAUAAUUCUUAUCAUCUUUUGAACCGAUUAAAUGAGUUGGCGAAAAUCAAAGGGUUAAUCGAAGAGGCCUCACUGAGGAAACAUUCGCCUAAUGAAGUAGGAUUAAAUGAUAGCGAUCGCCAAAUAUACCAUUCAACUCUGUCUGUGAAUGGUUCUAUGGAUUUUAAAAAUUUUCUGUCACAUCCAAAUCGCGAUAUACAGAACAUUGACCCCCAGUUAGAUCUCCGCCGCAGUUUAAACAGCUCAAUUGGAGAGUAUUCUAAUUUACAGGGUACAUAUGCUUUACGUAAACAAAAUAACAAUAAAAAGAUACCUUUACGUGAAGUCUUUGAUGCUAGAGCUCAAGAAGUUGAGAGAUUACCUCAGUUACACAGAUCUCAACGACCUGCUUCUCCUCAUGUGACUCCGAAUAAUAAUGUUUCACCUAAUAUUAGUAACCGCAAAAUUUCGUCAAAGCCUAAUGACACUUUGCUUGUUCCAGGCGCUACUAGUAGCCCAUAUCAAAAGCCUAGUAGUCAAAAACAAUCCGUUCUUUCACGGACCUACUCGAAGGAGCAAAUGGAUUUACUGAAGGAGGUAAAUGACUACCCUCUCAAUGAGUCGGUUCCCAAGGUACCUUCCCUACUUUUUAGAUCUCAUGCAUUAACCACUUCUCUGCCCAUAUCGGAUAAUGAAGGUGAUAUAGAUGUAACUAGAAGUUUAGAUAUCUCAUCUGGAGUUAACCAAAUAUCUCAGUCGCAUUCUGCAACUGAAUUAGUUACAAAAGGUCGCAAAAUUUCUGAGAAAUUUAACGCAUCUUACUCUAGUAUGCGAAGCUCAGAUGUAUUUGAAUUAGCUCGUCUCCAGGAAACUCACUUACGUGAACACAGUGGUAGUAGAAGUAAAUUAGAUUGUUCCAACACUUCACUUACUGAGUCGAGUUUCGGAGAUGAGAAACAUCGUAAACCUAAAAGUGCCGCUGGUAGUAUUGGGCAAAAAUCAGGCAGUGGUUUAAGUUCCUGUGGGGUUAGCGCAACACACAGUCACGAAGAAAUUGCAAUCGUAGAUACAAAUGAUAGGCCAGAGCGUCAACAUACUAUUAUAGCGAAGGAGUGUUUUAACCCAUUAUCAAGCUCAGUUGAUUGUGAACCUAAAGUCAAUAUGAUUGCGGAUGUGCAUUCGAGUACAAAUUUGGACCAAACAGAUGUGACAUUACCCUCUAAACCAUUAAAUUCUACAUACGAUGCUCCAGACUUCAUGCGCGUCUAUGACUGUGAUUCAACAUCACAACGAAUGAAUUAA